UACAUAGUCACUUGUGUGUCGUAGCAUAUUAGAAGCGUUUCAUUAAUGUUGGGGUGCGAAUGUGUGACGACUGUGACACGGUGGCUUUUUAUCUAGUGAAUAAUACCAUUUCAAUGUGGUCUAGUGAGAUAAAGUUAAUGUGUCAAUGAUCCAACUUUGAAAAUACUUCCAUCUGUGCCUGUUACACAAGUGAUAUGUAAAAUAAAUGAACGUCAUGAGUAAAAAGUGUAUGAGUUAUUAAAUAAUCAACAGUAAAUACAGUGAUUAAUUUUAUUGUGUCGUGUUUUCGUGUACAUACUUAACAUCUAUAGAGUAGGUUCUGUACAUAAUGACCGCAGUUGUCAUGGCGUCGGACGGAAGCUAUGAUCCAGUGAUUUCUAAGUUGAUUACAUCGCUCAAAGAAGCAGAAAGCUUGUCAGAUGAGAAGGAUCUUGGAUUCUUGCAAAAUUUGCUGCAGUCGAAGGAACUCAAUGCACUUGUUAACGUACAUAGCAAGGUGGCCAAAAUUAACAAGGACGACAGAAUAGCACCGUUGCUCUCUGCGUCCGUGCAGAUUCUGAUGGAAGUACUGGAGCUGCUGGCUCCGAGAUGCCACAUUUCUCCACUGUGCAAAGAGGUUUUCCAUCUACUUCAAACACCGCAUUUGCAGAGUAUUCUUUUCGCUCAUGAUGCGAUCGCGCAAAAAGAUUUCUAUCCACAUCUUCCGGACAUCCCAGUGGAAGUUGACGAAGACGAAGAAACUAUCAAAAUCGUACAACUUGUGAAAAGUAAUGAGCCUCUGUGUGCUGGAGCACAAAGUGCGGAACCAAUCGUUGGCGCUACUAUUAAAACAGACGAGGAAACGGGCAAAAUCAUUAUCGCGAGGAUCAUGCACGGUGGAGCGGCAGAUCGUUCGGGCCUUAUUCACGUUGGCGAUGAGGUGAUCGAAGUGAAUAACAUUAACGUCGAGGGUAAAACACCAAGCGAUGUUCUAUCAAUUCUGCAAAACUCGGAAGGUACGAUCACAUUCAAGCUUGUGCCAUCGGAUGGUAAGCUGGACCAACGUGAAAGUAAAGUGCGGGUGAAGGCGUACUUUGACUACGAACCUGAAAACGAUCCCUACAUCCCUUGCAAAGAAGCUGGCCUAGGAUUCCAGCGCGGCGACAUCCUGCAUAUUGUAUCUCAGGAUGAUUCCUACUGGUGGCAGGCGCGUAAGGAAGGUGAAAAGACAACGCGCGCCGGAUUGAUACCAAGUCGAGCACUGCAGGAGCGUCGCAUCCUGCAUGAACGAACUCAAAAGGAACCGAACGGCGAUGCAAAAAAAGGUUCAUGUGCCUCCAUCUGCUCUACUCCACCCGGUUCACCAAAUCCAAACCAUCCCUGUGGUGGACCAAAGACUAAAAAGAUUAUGUAUGAUACAGCUGAGAACGAUGAUUUUGAUCGGGAAAUGAUCGCCACUUACGAGGAGGUAGCAAAGCUGUACCCACGUCCCGGUGUCUUUCGACCCAUCGUCUUAAUCGGUGCACCCGGCGUGGGUCGAAACGAGCUGAAGCGUCGACUGGUGGCUCGAGAUCCAGAAAAAUACAAAAGUCCAGUUCCAUACACCACUCGGCCUAUGCGCCCCGGAGAGGUUGCCGGAAGGGAGUAUCUGUUCGUGACGAGGGAAAAAAUGGAAGCGGAUAUUGCGGCCAGCAAGUUUAUUGAGCAUGGCGAGUACAAAGGACACUUGUACGGUACGGCGGCCGAUAGUGUGAAAAGCAUCGUAAAUGCUAGCUGCGUCUGUGUCCUUGGACCGCACUAUCAAGCGCUGAAAUCGUUACGGACGGCUCAACUAAAGCCGUACAUUGUACAUAUUAGACCACCGGCGUUUGAGGAGUUGAAAAAAUCUCGUACGAAAGCUCGGGCACGCUCCACGUUCGAUGAAAACAAUUCACGAGGUUUUACGGACGAAGAAUUUAUGGAAAUGAUCAAAUCGGAUGAGCGCAUCAAUUUUCAUUACGGCCACUUCUGUGACGAGGAGAUCGUGAACGAUGAUCUUUCUGAGGCGUUCGAAAAGUUGGUAAAUUUUGCCAACAAAUGCGAAACCGAGCCCCUCUGGGCACCCGCCAGUUGGGUGCAGUAGGAAAGCGUUGGCUCGCAUCGGUAUGAUUAAACUUAAAUUGUUGGAAAUUGUUCAUCUUGGUUCAUACCAGUUUUAUUUAAUAUAGUUUUGUUAAGUUCAUUGCUCGCAACAUUUUGAUUUUGUAUCCACAGUUCAUUGUCCAUUUAACAGCAUUGAUUGAUCAUUAAUUUUGCCUUAUCAAGUUUGAAAUGAUAUCCAUUUUGUUAUCAGCAUUGUGAUUUUUGUUAUAAUAUUUUUUGUACACAUAAUAAACGAUUGAUUGUGAACACUUUGUGCGGUCAUUAAUUUGCAACCUUUUUUUGUUUACCUUUGAUUUCGGCACGUUGAAAGAGCGAACAAUUGGAAAUAGGAUGUUAAAAUGUUAUUCUGAGGUGCUUUACUAUGGGAUAGUUGUACAAACGCCAAACAACAAAGUGUGGGGGAAAGAAACAGCACUAUCCUAUUAUUACUUGACGGGGGUUUAUAAAUUGGCUUAUUAAAAAAUAAUACUAUUUAACAAAAACAAAACAAAAAACAAGACGUAGUGAUAAAAAGCCAGGAAUUGUGUUGCAUUGUGUGUGAGUGUGUGAGUGUAUGUUAGAGGAUAUUAAUUGUUUGCCACAAGUUUUGCGGUGCGGCACAGAAGUGUGCUGUUUGUUUCUCUAUGUUCGAUUUGAAUUAGUUUGUUAAAGUAAGCUAACAUGAAAGUCAGCAGAAGCAGAAGAAGAAGUAGACCCGAGCACAAUAGAAAUCGCCAUAGAUAAAGGGCGUAAAAGAGCUGAUUUCAUCUAUUUGAUUAAAAAAUACGUUUUUGCAUGUUGUAGUAAUUUAAUUCAAGCCAAUCACUGCCUACAUGUAAAGGCCGAGGCAUGCGUCAAGCAGUAGCAUAAAGUCCCGAGUGUUUUAUAAUUGUUGUGUAAUCUGUGUAGCCAACCGAUUAGUAGAUGAUCAUAUAAAAAGCAAACAAAAAGAUUAGCUAGAUGAUGGAAUCUUUCAAUUAGCCAUUGGUAUUUUUUGGUGUAUUAUGAAUUUUAGUUCUACCAGUGUUGAAAAGAGGUUUGUUUGAUUCAUUGCGCGUACUUCCGGAUAUAGUGCAUGCUUAAAUGAAUUAAACAUACCACAAACGAACCAAACGCGCAACAUACACAUCAUAAAGCUAAUCAUUUGUGUUACUUAAUACCUUCAGAAGGUUCUCUCGGUAGGUUCAGAGCUUUUUUUUCUAAAACAUAUUUGUACCCCAAAACAACUCUUGUACCUAUAAAAAUGCUAAAACUCAGCCCAAUACAAAAAUAAAAUACCUUAUGCAACAAAAUUACCCCCCCAAAUGGCCUACAUUCGAGCCAACAUAUUUGCAGAUGCAUCUUCUUAACAGAUAAAACCAGACGAUUUAAGCCGCUAAACGUUCUAAAGUUUACAGUUGCCCAUAUAUUUAAAGAAGCAUUUAACGAAUUUCAAUAUAAAAGUCCGUAUUUUCCGACACGUUUUAUAACUAACAGUUGUACAAAAUAUUGAAAUUGAUAGAAAUUGCAGUUUACCUUCAUAAGCUAACCCUUAUUAUUGCCAGCAAAACAAAAGAAAAGCUUUUCCAACCAAUUCAAACUACUGUUGAGCAACUACGGCGGAGCAUGGAAGCAAGGAACAAACCAUUUUCAAACCAGUAACCAAACCAGUCUUUCCCUAGCGUCGAAGUAAUCAUUCACAUAAGGAUACCUAUUCACCCAGUAUUGUACAGUAAAAUCACGAAAUAAAACAAAUAAAAUGAACACAUACGAACCGUACCACAGGAAGUGUAGAUACAAAUUGAAAGCCACAAUCAAAUCACUCGACACAUAAAAGCCGGUCUGGAAUAAUAAGCCCUUGCUAUUUAAUGAAUGAAUACUCAUUUCUGGCCGAAAACUCUUGCCAACGCCCGUAAAAUGUCUGUUAAAAAAAUUAUGUCCAAGUGCGUAAUGCAUAUUCUAAAAUUAUAUCUAUAAAACACCCAAAACCCCCAUCGCUAUUUUCUCUGCUUAAAAAGACGACUACAUUCAUAGCGUUAUCAUGAACUAGUUGUAAAAUCCUCCAAAUACUUGUGGUACAAAUUUAAUAGAGCAAAUCCCUUUGGAUUUGUUCAGAAAAUGUUCCCUAACAGUUCACACAUUGGUUUGCGUUCCUGAUGGUAAAACGUGAGAGAAUUUUGUGCAGCUACAAUGUUAAUAAAAAAAAAACGGGACAAUACCACUUGUAGCCCCCCAGAAGAGCCUGGAGGACAGCACAUAACACUUAAGGCUUAAUAAUAUGUUGAUUCAAUCAAACGUGGAUACAAAAAUAUGACGAUGCGCCAAACGACCAUGACUAAAAUUCAAAAAUUCAAAAUGAAAUGAAUUUACACUAGUUGAUUUAUUCACCUGAGAGAAACUUUAGUUGUUAAAGAGCAGGAUGAGAAGCAAUUGUAAAAAGAUGUUAAUUCGUUUAAAUCUCCUUAAAUAAACCGAAAGCCAUUAAAAGUCCAACAGCAACAACCACCUUGAUGAACCUUGACCUUUGUGACAAAAGAUUUAUUUCAUCGUUCAUGCGAUAAUAUAGAUAGUUUUGGAUUAGUGGAUCGUACAAACAAUUUUGAGCUAAUCUCACAAUUCCCUGCAGCCAAAGACACAAUUGGUUCCGGAUCCUGUACUUGGAAUGAAAAAAAACCUUACACAAUGUCGGUAAACGUUGAUACAAAAUCGGAAAAUUCGUCAUUGCAGUAUGUAUCUACAACACGGCAUACACACGCGAAAACACGCAAACAAAAGGGCACGUAAUAAUGUAAAAGAAGUGAUGUGUUGUUUGUUGAUUAGUUUUAGAUGCCUACAAUUGGUGCAAACGAUACAACCAAGCCAAUCAUAUAGUGUUAAGGUAAACGGAUGCAACAAUAUCCCACUCAAUAUAGCCAUGUAUAGCAAAAAUAUAAAAUUUUGACAUUUAAAA